CACCGUGGCCCCCUCCUCAAUCUCUCUCGUGCUCUCUCGCUAGGGUUAGGGUUUCUUCUAACCCACCGCUCCCCCUCUCCGGCCACCGCCGAUAUUCGUAUAGGGUUAGGGUUUGGUCUCCUCUACCCUUCUGUCUGCAAGGUUUACGGUUAGGGUUUGGUCGCCCUCUUUCGUUUUCUGGGGUUAGGGUUCGUUCUUAUUCUAUUAUUCCGAAGAUGAUGCAGCCCGCCGGCGGGAUGGUGCAGCCAUCGAUGGCUCCCCCUCCGAUGGAUCAGCAUCAACAGACGCAACCGCAGCAGUGGACGGUGAUGCCGCCCCCGCCGCAGCCGCAGUACUACCAGGCGCAGCCGCCGCCGAUGUGGAACCAGCAGCCGUCCCAGAUCCCGCCGCCGGUGCCUCAGUCGGUGCCGCAGCCCCAGCCGCAAUACCCGGCCCCACAGCCGGCCUCGGCUGACGAGAUCCGGACGCUCUGGAUCGGGGACUUGCAGUAUUGGAUGGAUGAGAACUAUCUUUUUGGGUGCUUCGUCUCGACUGGAGAGGUUCUUUCUGUGAAAAUUAUCCGAAAUAAACAGACUGGGCAAUCAGAGGGUUAUGGGUUUAUUGAGUUUGCAACUCGAGCAACUGCAGAAAGAGUUCUUCAGACGUAUAACGGCCAAAUGAUGCCUAAUAUUGAGCAAACUUUCAGACUAAAUUGGGCUACCUGUGGAUCGGGUGAGAGGCGUGAUGAUAGCACUGAUUAUACAAUCUUUGUUGGGGAUUUGGCCUCAGAUGUCACAGAUUACUUGUUACAAGAGACAUUCAAAAAUCGCUACUCAUCGGUUAAGGGAGCAAAAGUUGUCUCAGAUAGACUUACCGGGCGAUCCAAGGGCUAUGGCUUUGUUAGGUUUGGAGAUUUAAAUGAACAAACACGUGCUAUGACUGAAAUGAAUGGAGUUUACUGUUCAUCAAGGCCUAUGCGGGUUGGUCCAGCAGCUAACAAGAAAGGUGGUGCUCAACAGUAUUCUUCAAAUGCUUCUUACCAGACUACACCAGGAGCUGAGUCUGAGAAUGAUCCAAAUAAUACCACUAUAUUUGUCGGUGGGCUUGAUCCAAUUGUCACCGAGGAACUUCUGCGACAAGUUUUUAGCCCAUAUGGUGAGUUGGUCUACGUAAAGAUACCUGUAGGCAAGCGAUGUGGGUUUGUUCAAUUUGCAGCCAGGUCAUGUGCUGAGGAGGCCCUGCAGAUGUUAAAUGGAACCCAACUUGGGGGGCAGAAUGUGCGGCUUUCAUGGGGUCGUAGUCCAGCAAAUAAACAGCCACAGCAGGAUCCUAACCAAUGGAAUGGCAGCUAUUAUGGGUAUGCCCAGGGCUAUGAUACAUAUGGAUAUGCUGCUCCUCCACAGGAUCCCAACAUGUAUGCAUAUGCAUCAUAUCCAGGAUAUGGGAACUAUCCGCAGCAGCAGCAGCAGCAGCCACCACAGCAGCAGCAGUGAUAUUUUGGUGACGUGAGGGACUGCAGACAUGCAUCGGUCGAGUAAUGACAGUUUCCGAACAUGGGCUUUAGAGCUGUAGUGUUGGUUAGGCAUCUAUUGAUAGAGUAUUCUUCCUUGUUAAAGUGACCUGCAUUGUAUCUUGUCCAGAUCUUUGUAGGAUUGCUCUUUAUGGUGCAACUUUGUAAUGCUGCGUGGACCUCAGAGGUGCAGCUGGUGGUGAUGGUUGGAGAGUUACUUUUUCUUUUUCUAGUGGUUCGAGCUUUUCAAUCGUCUUAGUGUUAUUGAGAGUAUUUUGUUUUUAAUUAUAUUUAAUAACAUGCUAGGCUGGAUGGAUGGUAUAAGAAUUUCCAAUCUUUUGCUGUUAAAAUUUCU